AUGCCCUCGCUCGGGGACCUGGUGCGCGACUGGCACCGGGGCGCGCAGGCCGUGGAGCGCGGGGACUGGGGCUGCGCCCUGCGCCUCUUCUCCGGCGUCCCGGAGCCGCCCGCCAAAAUGUGCUUCAACGUGGGCUGCGUGCACCUGCUGGCCGGCGACCCGCAGGCCGCGCUGCAGGCAUUUGACCAAGCAGUGACCAAGGACGCCUACCUGGCGGUGGGCUUCUUCCAGCGAGGCCUGGCCCACUUCCAGCUGGAGAGGUUCCAGGAGGCCCUGUCCGACUUCCAGCUGGCCCUGGGACAGCUGAGGGGGAACUCCGUCAUCGACUACACACAGCUGGGCCUGAGGUUCAAGCUACAGGCCUGGGAGGUCCUGUUCAGCGUGGCGGCAGCGCAGUGCAGGCUGGGGCGCUGGGCCGAGGCCACCGGGAGCCUAGAGGAAGCCAUCGCCAAGGGGCCGGAGGGGGCCCGCCGUGACCUGGACCUCGCCCUGGCUCAAGUGCAGAAACAGGUUCCCCUGCAGCCUCGGCGGGGCCCAAGGGGUGAGGUCUUCCGGCCCCACAGGCGGUACCUGGAGCACCUGGAGCCUGUGGAUUUCCUGGGCAGGGCCAAGGUGGUGGUGGCCUCUGGUGUGCCCGACGACCAAGACAAGGGCGCCUGGCCUCAGCAGCCCCAGGUCCGGGGUGCGGAUGGUGGGACCAGGCCCCGGGCUGGCCCAAGGGCCCAGGACACAGGCCCCUGCAGAGCCGGGUCUCCCCUCAACCCCAGGAUGCCCCCCGAUGCGGACAUGGAGGUCGGACCCAGCCCGGCAGGGCAGGCUGGUCACUGCCCACCUGUCACCUGUGAUGAGCAGAGACCCCACACGCAACAAGUGGGAAGACAGGUUCCUCCAGGGCUCCUGGCAGCUGGGGGGCCAGACCCUAAACCCUCUGAGGAUCCCACAGGUACUGGGGAAGUGGCUGCAGGGGACCCCGAAUCCUUGGUGACCGUCAUGGUGCAGUGUGCCUUCACCCUGGCCCUGAAGGCCCCGCGAGGAGCUGACCUGUCCAGCCUGAGGAGCCUGCUGAGCCAAGCCCUCCCUCGCCAGGCCCAGUGCGGGCAGCUCAGUUACCGAGAGCCGGGGGACGCGGGGCGCUGGGUGCUCCUCCCCGAGGAGGGGGCGCUGCAGAGGGCCUGGCGGCUGGCGGCUUCUGGCCCCACGGGUCUGCAGCUCCGGUGCCAGGCAGCGGGCGGGCGGCCCGUCCUCUACCAGGUGGUGGCCCAGCACCGUUACUCCGCCCAGGGGCCCGAGGACCUGGACCUGCAGCCGGGGGACACUGUGGACGUUCUGUGUGAAGUGGACCCGGCGUGGCUGGAGGGCCACAGCGACGGCCGCAUCGGCAUCUUCCCCAAGUGCUUUGUGGUCCCGGCCGGCCAGCGCCUGAGGAGCCCCGACAGCCGCCCACCUGCGUCGCAAGAUCAGCCCUGAGGAGCCGGUGGCAGGAGGGAGGUUUUAAU